AUGUCGAGCACUAGCACUCCCAGCCCCAUCCCGUUCCUCUUACUCGGACUCGUCACCGGUGGCGCUCUUCUCUAUGUCUCCUAUUGGGUAUGGCCGCCUGCUCAACGGAGGAACAACAAUAGCUCUAGAAACACUCGUCGGACAGCGGGAAGGCGGCAGAACAAUAGCACCAAUCGAGCUACGACGUCGUCUAGUUCAGGAGGCCAGGGGCUUCGUCGGAGUAAUGCCACUCGUCGACCAGGUCCUCAGAGACAAGCACCUCCACCGACAGGGGCCCGCCCGGAAGACAAUCGACAUUACCAUAGUGAAGCAAGUAGUUCGGGUGACGAGACAUAUCGUGGAAGAGGUCAUGGAGACGAUUCCGACGACGAUGGAGAUACCACCGACCACGAAUACUCGGCAUUAGUGGAUGAGGACGGUUAUGAGCGCCUUCGGAUGGAUGACAUGGGCGACAACAAGCAUGACGGCCUGCAGCUUAUGAACCUACUCUACGCGAUUGCGGAGGACCAAGCUGUUAAAGAAGGUCAUAUUCACCGUGGCAUUACCUGCAACAACUGUCGGACGGUUCCCAUCCGUGGACUCCGGUACAAGUGCGCCAACUGUCAGGAUUACGAUCUAUGCGAGGGAUGUGAAGCAGCCGAGGUUCAUAUCAAAUCCCAUGUGUUCAUGAAGAUCAGGAUACCAAUCCCACCAUUGGCCAACAGCCGGACAAAGAAACUACCUCCAUUUUACCCUGGAAUCCCUCAAGGAAACACAUCAACACCUGACCACAUGCUGCAGGAUUUAUUACAAAAGACUCACUUCGACAAUGUGGAACUUGACGCCAUGUACAGCCAGUAUCUCUCACUAUCGACCCUGGAUCAGGAUGGAGGCGGCAUUACUCGACUGACUUUUGAACAAGCACUUGGGCCCCUUGGACUGGAGAAGAACCUCAUUACCGACCGGAUAUUCCGGUUUUUUGACCAGGAUGACGACGAGACUAUCAGCUUCAAAGAAAUGGCCUGCGGACUCAGUGUUCUCUGCAAGGGCAACUUUGAGGAGAAGAUCACAUUUGCAUUUCAGGGAUACGAUUUGGAUGGCGAUGGUUACAUCUCACGCGAGGAGCUGCACGAGAUGUUCAAGGCUUACUUUUAUUUGUCGAUGGAACUCAUUCGGGACGUUGUCAAGACUAUGGAAACUGACCUAAUCAACAACUUUGAGUACCAGCCAGGAAUGCCCAUCUCUGCAACCUUUACAGCACCGAUCCCGCGUGAGAUUGGAGUCAGGAACACCAGCACCGGUAACGGCCAACAUCACGGAGGCCAGAAUGGAUCAUUGGACGAUCCAACCCAAAGUCGAGAGCAGGAUUCUCUGUUGGCAGAUUGGCCGACCUCUCCCGAUGACGACAGCUCUUCCGCGUCGCCGACUACUUCAUUAUCGUCGUCAGGUUCCCCUGGGGCGUCAGCAGACGGAACUGAGAGAGUGCAAGGCAACGAGGAGCGGAUAUUGAAUCAGCGCCGAUCGACCGAAAUGGGAACCCUUCCGCCUGGAGCGUACGGUCUUGUUGGAUCGGAUGAGUUUGCUGGAGACACUGAUGCUGAUGCCGACGAUGAAGAGGGAGAUGCGCUAUCAACGCCCGACUACAAGCAGGACAAUGAUUUUGAGGAUGACUCGCCAGUCUUUGUGUCACCCGUUUCCGCAGGUCAGGAACCGACCAGUGACUUGAGCGACGCGGAGGAUUCAGGAGUUGAUAACAGCGGGUGGUCGGUAGCAGAGACACACUCGCUCUCACCACAUUCUGCCAGCUCCCAGGGCUCGUCUGUAGCGACAGGAUCGAGUAGUCUGCCGACCAUUGCUUCUCGGACGUCUGCGGUGACCCCUACGGCCAAUUCUUCUCCGUCGACAGCCUCACAGUCUAGACAGUCAGCCUCUGUCAAUGUCCCAGACGAGGGGAGCUCAAGUAGCUCAAGCAGACCCAGGAAAGACCAACCACUCCCAGCUACUACUUCCUCACCACACCCUAGGAGUGUCUCUGUCUCCAACAUCAACCUCGCCUGGGACCGUCCCCACUAUCGCUCGGCAUCCUCGGCACCUUACGGCUUCAGCUCUCACACGGCAACACACUCCUCAGCGCUUGGUCAUCAUGGCAGUGGAUACGGCUAUCCCCAGGAAGUUUCAGGAUCUUCCUCGUCGCCUGUGGUGUACGACAUGCAUACCUCAGAAGAGAUGAGCAGGAGCACAGAUGGACAGGUCCGGCGGCCGUCUCUAGGAACUCCUUACCAGUCGUACGCGUCGUCGUCGUCGGCACCAGCAGGAUCGUAUGCGAACCCGUCGUUCUUUUCGAGCACGUUCCCUGUGAUGGAGUCGAUCUCCCAGGAUGCUAUCCAGGAGAUGGUCGAGAAGACGUUCAGUGCUAUCCCGAACCCUUCCAAGCCUGGGUUUAUUACCUUAGAGGAGUUCAGAGCCUAUGUCCUCACGGACGCCGGCAUCCUUGGAUGGUUCGACGCGCUCGGCAGCAUUUUUUAG